AUGGCCGCGUCCAUAGAGGAUGAUUUUGAGUCUAAUAACCAGGACUACUACUCUCUACUCAACGUCAGGAAAGAGGCAACUCUUGAGGAGCUUAAGGCAUCAUAUCGGAGGCUGUGUAUGCUCUAUCAUCCUGACAAACAUCGAGACCCUGAGCUGAAAAGACAAGCUGAGCAGCUUUUCAACCAGGUGCACCAGGCGUAUGAAGUGCUGAGUGACGCUCACUCUAGAGCCAUCUAUGACAUCUUUGGAAAGAAAGGACUGGAAGUGGAAGGAUGGGAGGUGGUGGAAAGGAAAAGAACACCAGCAGAAAUCCGAGAGGAAUAUGAAAGGCUGCAGAGAGAAAGAGAAGAGAGGAGACUGCAGCAAAGAACUAACCCCAAGGGCACCAUUAGUGUGGGUGUGGAUGCAACAGACCUGUUUGACCAUUAUGAUGAGGACUUUGAGGAGAUGCCAGGAGGAGGCUUUCCUCAUAUUGAAAUCAACAAGAUGCACAUUUCCCAGUCCAUAGAGGCUCCUUUGACAAACUCUGACACAGCAGUGCUGUCUGGUUCACUCUCUACACACAAUGGAAACGGAGGGGGCAAUAUUAACAUGACCGUUCGUAAGGUGACAUCGGCCAAAGGCUGGGGAGAGGUGGAGUUGGGGGCAGGAGACAUACUGGGACCUCUAAUUGGGUUGAAGGUGUUUCGUAAUAUCACUCCCCGGUGUUUCUUGACAGCCCAGUGCGGUUUGCAGUUUUCUCCUCGUGGUUUGCGACCGAGCUGCUCUUUGAUGACAGCGCGCCACUUGGACCAGAACACUAUGGGUUAUCUUCAGUGGCGUUGGGGGCCCAACAGUGCCAUGACCACCAGUGUGGUGCGUGACACAAAGCGCAGCCACUUCACUCUAGCUCUGCAGCUGGGUGUGCCUCACUCCUACCUAAUGAUGAGCUACCAGUUCAAGUUCCAAGAUGAGGACCAGACCAAAGUUAAAGGCUCUUUCAAGACAGGCUGGUUUGGCACUGUGGUGGAAUAUGGAGCGGAGAGGAAGAUCAGCCGACACAGUGUCCUGUCAGCCACUGUCAGCAUCGGCGUCCCUCAGGGAGUCACACUGAAGAUCAAGUUGGCCCGUGCCAGUCAGACGUACCUAUUUCCAGUCCACCUGACAGACCAGCUGCUGCCCAGUGCCAUCUUCUACGCCACUGUGGGACCCCUGCUGGUCUACUUGGCCGUCCACAGACUGGUCAUCAUCCCAUAUACACAACAACAGAAAGAGCAAGAUCUAGAGUUGCAGAGGAAGAGCUCAGCCACAGACAUCGCCAAGAAGAAGCAGGAGGCAGAGUCUGCUGUUCUGCUGAUGCAGGAGUCUGUGAGGAGAGUCAUAGAGGCAGAAGAAUCCAAGAUGGGUCUGAUCAUCCUGAAUGCCUGGUAUGGAAAGUUUGUGUCAGACACCAGCCAGAAACAGGAGAAAGCCAAGGUCAUCGAUGUCACUGUGCCUCUACAGUGCCUGGUCAAGGACUCUAAACUCAUCCUCACUGAGGCUUCUAAGGCGGGGUUGCCAGGCUUCUAUGACCCCUGUGUGGGAGAGGAGAAGAGUCUUAAACUACUGUACCAGUUCAGAGGUGUCAUGCAUCAAGUCAUCUCUGCAGACACCGAGCCACUUCGGAUACCCAAGCAAUCUCACAGAAUUGAGUCCGAGUCCUAGGAGCCCCCCGCUGCUGGAGCACCAGAGGGCAAGUGAAGACAGAAACUGACUUUCUGUAAACAGAAGAGCCCAAGAAUGGAGGGUACACAUCUAGAAUACGUUGCUCUCCUCUGGUCCUAAUCUGUCAUGGUAUUAGUGAAUCUGUUCCUCAACUCCUCCCUUUCCUGUGGACCAUCUCCCAGGUUAAGCAGAAUACAGGAGUCAGCUCUGAGUUUCUGCAAGGUGUUAUUUGUGUCUCUUGUCUGCAACACCUGACAGAGCUGCUCAGAUAUCUGCCUGCUGCAAUAGAUCAGACAUUGGUCCUGCACAUAGUUUUAUAUAUGCACUACACAGAGGGCCUGAUAGUCCCAUCAAUGAUGAGCUAAAAGUGCACAGAUAGAUUAAAAGUUGUGUCUUGACAUUUGUUAGGUCAAGCAUGCAGCCGUGUAAACAAAUGAGCUGUGCUGUAAUUUUACCCCAUAUCAUUACAGUCUUUGUCCUGUCUGUGCAUCACCCCUGUAGUUUUGAAUCUUUUGAAUGACUAAUGUUAUAACGUACCAGCCAUUUCACUAACUCAUGCAAAUGUUUAAAGGAAAACUAUGCAGGAUCAAGUCUCGUAGCCUUGAGGCUGGCCAGGACUGAGGACUGAUUGUGUAACUCAUGUUAUUGUUUACUUGUUAAAAUGUCUCAUCCUAAUUUAUUAUGCCUUUAGUGACUUGUCUGCUGCUCAUGGGGGAUGCAAAAAAAUGGUGCUUAAAACUUGAGUGUUUGAAUAUGGGAGUUUAGGGAAAGACAGUACAGAGAGGGACAGCGAUACAGCCAAUACCACUCUGUGGUAGCAAUCCAACCACGUAAAGAAAUGGCAAGAAAGUUCAUUCAGAAUUUACAAUAUCAUCUCAAACUGCAUUGCAAUAUAAAAGCAGAACUUCCGCUUAAGAGUUGGUUUACAUCAGUCUUUAUUGAUGAAAUUGCAGCCAAAACAGACUUAUUGACAAUGAUUUUUAAUACAGUGAGUUACUACUUGUGUGGAUUAGUAAUGUUUAAAAAUUUGAGAUAUGAAUGGUUGGAAUCUUUUCAUGGUUGGAAUACAAUCAAUAGAGGGUGUAGGUAAACUCUUCCCCUCAUAUAGGUUAUGUUUGCUGCUAGAGCAGUAUGGGGCUAAAACAGUGACAGUUAAAUUUUGACAUAGAAAAGGUGUGGGUCCUUUGAAUCCACUCACUCCACAGAGUUGACUGAUUCGUCUGGCAUCAUGACAUGAAACGGAGGUUUCUCGGUUGAAAAGCAGUCGAUCCAGUGAUUGUCGCGGGUGGACUGAUGAUCAGCAAGUCAGUGCCAUGGCACCAAAAGCCAGGAGGAGUAAAGCUAGACAGUGCUGAUCAAAUGUGAGUCAAGAUUCUUUUACUGCAUUGCUUAUUUCUCACCUCAAAUGUUUUCAGAAACACAUUUUGGUACACUCUUUAGCUGUAAUGUUGGAAAGUUUAUGACCCAACCGCCAUGUUGACGCAAAACCAAGUUUUACCCACUCACAGUACUUCACCAACCAAGUCACCACCAGCCGGACUGUUUAGUGGUGAUCAAAUCAAAUCCCCCUCCCCAAAAGAAAAUUGGUUAGAGUGGAGGCAAUGUCUGACUGAAGAUAGAAACGGAGUGUGAAGAGUUAUCUGUUUUGUUUGAUAUAAAAAUUCAAACAGAAUUCCUUUUCAAAGAUGAAUGUUGGUCUCACAGAUCAAAUGUGUGUAAUUGUGGCAAUUUGUCUGAAUGUAAAGUAAAGCUUCAUGUUAUUACUGGACAGAACAACAGUGCUGCCUCUGGGGCCUCUAUAUGUAAUGAUAUCACAUUUAUACAAAUAUAAAUGCAUUAAAACAAACAGAUAAGCCCAUAUUCAAUUUCCUUUUAUUUUAUUGAGCUACAUAACAGUUUGGAUUUUUAUUACAGCUACAUUACGGACUGAAUAACUUAAUUUACUGCAUCUCUCUGUCAAUAAGGGUAUUUUUUCAUGCUUCACUUUACCUUCAGACAAACUUAUGUGGCAGCUCCAAUUGUUAGAUUUCAUCUGUGAGACCAAUAUUUAUCUUCCAAAAGGAAGUCUAUAUAUCAAAAUGCUGAGGAAAUGUUAGAGUCAGUGUUAGAGCUGCACAGAUCAGUUCAUCAGAUCAUGUUCUACACAGGAAGGCGAUGCAGGACUCAGGCUGCUGCUGUGAGAUGACCGGCUGGUCUCACCUGCCCAGCGGCUUUGAAAUGUUGCAGCAGAUUUACAAACAUGCGUCAUUUGGAUAAAUUGACCACAUAUUGGGAAUCGACAUGGUUACUUUCUCACCUGAAAAAAUAUAAAACAACUAAAAAAGUGACAUAUUAGCUCUAGAGUGAAAAUUACAAGUCUGGCUCAAAAUCACCAUUACGCUUGAAUAUUUUUGUCGGACCACAAGGCACACUGGGGAAUGUAGUCCCAGUGAGGGCCCUCCUUUCAAGGCUAAAACACUGAAAGAAAAAUUAUGCUGAAAAAAAGUACAAAAAAUGAACAAACACACAUGAAAAAAUAAAAUAAGAUAAUUCGAUUGCAACUUUUUUACUGUUUUUUUUAUUUUUAAGUGCUAAAACAAUUUCUCCAGUACUACUACUCCAGUGUUUCAAUGCCAGAAUUUACUCACUGUUCAGACCCCAUAGAGCAGUCACUGUGUCAGGCUGUAACUUAUUACUGGAGCUGACCUGAGCCACACUACAACUCAUGUACUCAUUAUGGCACAUUAAUUAUUCUACAUUUAUUCUUUUUUUAAUUUGGUUACAGAACGUAGGUUUAGUCUGUACACUACUUCUGUGCCAUAUUUUUUAAUUUGAUAUUGUUCUCUUCCCUUGUUUUAUUUAAAUUCCUCAAUUGAAUAAAUCUGCUAAUGCCAUGUUUAAGAUACUCCAACCAGAGUUUUUAAUGGUGUCUAUACUAGGUAACUUUACCUCAGCUGUAGCUGUCUUUCAUCACUGGUGAGGUUGACAUCGGGAAAUCUAAUCACCUCUGAUGCACUUUCUGCUCAGACAUAAGGUGUUGCAGCACGUUUUUCUAAUAUAUCAGAUGCACACUACAUAAAAUGCACAUUCCCUUCUACUCAGAUUUUAUUCCAUAUCCUGAUUAAUUAUAUGUAUCUGUAGCUAGGAUGUUCUUAACUUUAGGUGGAUUAAUACUGUAACCACAAAGGGAGGUUCGUGAGUUAUGUCAUGGACUACAGGUAAUCCCCGAAAACCACUACUGAAGGAUUCAAAUGUUAUUUUAUUGAAUAGAAAAGUAAUAUUUUGCACAAAAUGUACAGUAUUUAAAACCAAAAUUAUUGUUUAGUUGUCAUGGAAUCAGUGUUUUAAAUGUAUAUCUACGCUUAGCUUUUAACUGAACUUCAUGGAGUUCAUUUAAGAAAUAGUGACUAUUCAUCUUGAUUGAUUUUGGUUUCACCAUCAGUGAGUGGGAGUACAUUGAUUGGCCUGCCAAACUAGUUAGGUUGGGGGUAGUCUCAAGAAUAAAAUGUGAAGCAUUGAGAUGGAUAUGAAUGAACAUGCUCUACAGCUGGAUUGGGGUCACUAUGAUGACAGAUUUUGCACUGAUUCUGUUUGUGGUAUUUGUCUUAUCUCUGUUGUUUGAAGUGUGCUGUCAAGUAUUUUGACGGGUGUGCUGGUCACCUCUGCUCUAGCGCCACUGUGAGGCCCGAAGAAAGACUGCUCCCUGUGGUUACAUUCCAACCCAUCAUCCAAAAUGACCCAUGUUAGUUUGUGUACUGUAUGUUUGAAGAGCCUGUGUUCUCCAUCCUGUAAAGACUACAAUAAAUA